AUGAAGGAAAAUCCUCUCCCAACCAGCCUUCCACAUGAAUGCACUGAUCACUACAAGAGAGUACAGAUAAGCUCCUCGACAGUAAAUCCGAGGAAAGUUGGAGAAGAGGAUCGGAUAAGUAGUGCAAGAUCAGCUUGGUCAGAUGUAUUGGCCCCUUGUCUCAUGCAGGAAGCCCCUCCUGUGUGGGUUGUCACGGUAUGUUGUGUUGCUUCAAAAAGAGGACCUUUACUUUAUGACCAUUCUUCAUAUUGUCAAAGUAGUGCAAGGUCGGUCGAUAGGGGCGAAGCUGCUUGGCGAGAGGACUGGGUUUGGCUUCCACUCCUAACUAAUAGGAAUAGGAAAGUUACCCGUUACCAUGAGAACCUGGAAGCUAUGGCGCACAUCAUUUUAUGCCGUUUCAUAAUAGGCGGAUUUCUUAUAGUGAUAGAUUUCGGCAAAGUAGUCUUCGUUGGGUCCAAGUUUUACCCAAUCCUUAUGGGAGCCGGUAAUUCACUUGGUCUAAAAAGAAGAGAGAAGUGGGAACAAACUCCGACGUCAGGACACAGACCCCGUCUAAGUAGAAGUCCACCUUGUAUCAGGAUCAGGAUCCAUGUAAUUGAGAAACCUUCCUCCAAGAAUCUCGUAAGCAGCAUUCUCCAAAGAUUGAGAAAGAAGAAAGGUUCGAAUAGGAGCGAACGAACGGGCGAAUGGGCGAACCAGAAUCUCCUUAGCACAAAUAGAAAGAUGAGAGGUGAGGCAAUGAGAAUUGUUGAUGAUUCGGAGGAACUCAAAUGUGGUGCGGCUCUCUCGACCAGUUCAGGUUCAAGGGAGGGGGACCUGAACAAGGUUAGGCUAGGAAAUCACAAAGAGGUCAAGCUAGGUACGGAGAUGAACAUAGACCAUGACCUCUUUGUGAGAGAUGUGCUGGAGCGUAAUGCA